AUGCAGGACAAUUUCUCAGUAAUCACCAUGUUUACUCUCUCAGGGGUAAGUGGGGCAAGAAGCUACAGACUCACUCUCUUUGUUCUUACUUUUUUUUUUUACUGCGUGAUUUGGCUGGUUAAUAUGACCAUAAUUGUGACAAUCAUUGUUGAUAAAAGCCUUCAUCAGCCCAUGUAUAUCUUCCUCUGUAAUUUGUGUGUCAAUGGACUUUAUGGGACAGCAGGCUUUUACCCCAAAUUGCUCAAGGAUCUUAUGUCUACCGCUAACAUCAUAUCUUACACUGGAUGCCUUCUGCAGGGUUUUGUUCUGCACUCUUCAGCAUGUGCUGAUUUCUCUCUUUUAGCUCUGAUGGCCUAUGAUCGAUAUGUGGCUAUCUGUCGACCUCUUGUUUACAGCUCUGUGAUGACUAAACAAAGAGUUGGGGUGUUAGUGUUUAUUGCCUGGCUUAUUCCAUUUUAUCUUAUGUUCAUGAGCACAGUAACAACAUCAUCAUUAAGAUUGUGUGGCUCACACAUACCAAAGAUCUACUGUGUUAAUUUUUUGGUUGGUAGACUAGCUUGUUCUUUCUCCAUUGUAAUGAUUAUUCUUCCAGCAUUUAACUAUACUUUUUAUUUUUGCCAUGUACUUUUUGUUGUUUGGUCUUAUAGCUAUCUGAUCAAAACAUGCCUAAAAUCCCAAGAAAACAGAAGUAAGUUUGUGCAAACAUGUCUGCCACAUUUAUUAUGUUUAUUAGUUGUUGUCGGAUCUUUACUUUUUGAUUUGCUAUACAUGAGAUUUGGCUCAAAAAAGUUAUCGCAAAGUGCUCAGAAUUUUAUGUCAACAGAAUUUAUCAUUGUUCCUCCAGUCCUCAAUCCACUCAUAUAUGGUUUGAAACUGACUCAAAUAAGGAACAGGGUUAAAGGCUUUUUGUGUGGUAAACAUCUCAGAACUUAG